AUGGUGCAUGACAGUGGAGAAGAAUCAUCGAAUGCAGAUUGCAGUCUCUCAAACAAGAAAAAACGCAGUCGAACCACAUUCAGCCAACACCAGCUGGAAGAGAUGGAAACCAUCUUUCAGCAGAGCCACUAUCCAGACCAGUCGGCCAGAGAGCAUCUGGCCAAUAAGUGUUCCCUGACAGAUGGCAAAAUACAAGUUUGGUUUCAAAACAGGCGUUCAAAGUGGCGGAAGCAACAA